ACGAUUCCAUAUUCACAAACCAUUUCGACGCAUUGAGAGAGAUUGAGCUCCAAAUUUAUUCAAAGUUAAUCCUAAAAUGGAAAUGAUAAUAUUAAUCUCUCUUUCCUUAACCACCUUGCUAACUAUUCUUCUCUUCUUUAAAUUACUCCUCAAACGACCCAACCCUAACUUACCUCCGUCUCCAUGGUCGCUUCCGGUCAUUGGAAACCUCCAUCAGCUCAGUCUCCACCCGCACCGUGCUCUCUGUUCCCUCAGUGCGCGCCAUGGUCCACUCAUGCUCCUUCGUUUCGGCCGUGUCCCUGUUCUCAUUGUAUCUUCUGCUGACGUAGCUCAUGGUGUCAUGAAGACACAUGAUCUUAAGUUUGCCAACCGUCCGAUCACAAAAUCGGCCCACAAAAUAUCCAAUGGCGGGCGAGAUUUGGUUUUCGCCCCAUAUGGCGAAUACUGGAGGAACGUUAAGAGUCUAUGCACAACACAUCUCCUCAGCAACAAAAUGGUUCAGGCCUCUGAGAAAAGAAGAGAAGAAGAGAUAACUCUAUUGAUGGAGACGCUGGAAGAAGAAAGUUUAUCUACUUCAUCAGUGAAUCUAAGCAAACUCAUUACUAAUAUGGUAUGCGACAUAAUGGGUAAAGUUGUAUUGGGGAAAAAAUACAGCGGUGAGGAAGGUACAAUCGAUGUCAAGACCAUAACAAAGAGUUUCCUGGAUGCCGUGGGGCUUUCCCCGGUCGGGGAAUACAUUCCGAGUUUGGCAUGGAUAGGUAAGAUUACGGGUUCCGAUGGUAAGCUAGAGAAAAUAACAAAAAAGUUUGGUGAUUUUAUAGAAAAAGUGUUGCAAGAACAUGAGGAUAUAUAUGCCGACAAAGAGACACCAGAUUUUGUUGAUAUGUUGCUAACGAUGCAAAGAGAUGAAUCCACUCAAUGCCAGUUGGAUAAAAGCGACUUAAAAGUCAUCAUAUUUGAGAUGUUUUUAGGGAGCACGACAACAACUUCCGCGGUAAUAGAGUGGGCGAUGACACGCCUUAUGAGAAAUCCAGAAUGCAUGAAGAAACUUCAAGAUGAGAUUCGUUCAAUUUCGAAGAGUAAUUCUUAUGUAUCAGGAAAAGAAGUAGAAAAUAUGAACUACUUAAAAGCUGUGAUCAAGGAGGUACUUCGGCUGCAUCCUCCUCUCCCACUAUUAGUUCCGCGACUAUUAAGCGAAGAUGUUAAACUAAGAGGAUAUGACAUUACUGCGGGCACACAGGUGAUCGUUAAUGCUUGGGCUAUCCAACGAGACACUGCGACUUGGGGACCAGAUGCAGAAGAAUUUAGACCAGAAAGACAUUUAGAAAUACCUUUGGAUUUCUUUGGACGGAAUUUCAAAUACAUUCCAUUUGGAGCAGGGAGAAGGUUAUGUCCCGGCAUUGGACUUGGGUCGGUGAUGGCAAGUGUGACUUUGGCCAAUCUUGUGAAACGGUUUGAUUGGAGAGUUGAGCACGGACCACCAGGAGAUGAUCAACCAGAUCUAGUAGAGGGAGCUGGCAUCGAUGGUUGCCGAAAAUAUCCUCUUGUUGUCUUUCCAUCUUCUGCUUAAUUUAUUUUCCCAUGGUACACUAGUUGCGACACAUUGUUUGUGAAAUGUCAUAAAGUUAUUUCUAAUUAAAAGAGUUGCAGAGGAAUUACCUAAAGUUUCG